AUGGCGUCUGCUCAUUUGAAUAUUGGGAGCUAUGUCUUCGCCUUUGCCUCGUUAUUUGUAGCCAUCGUGGCUCCAUCGGUUCAAGGUCACGUCGCGGUAUACGAUGAAUACUGGACCCAGCGCCAAACCGACGCAUUGCGACAAACUAUAAAAUCUUAUGACCCUAAUCCAUUUAACGUCACGGACCACUUUAACUACCAUGCCGCAUUAGCAAUGGAGACGACUGGUGCAGACAACGGAACAAGGAGAGAGCUUCGACAAGUUAGACGCGGUCGGAGAACAAAGAGACGUGGCGGAAGGCACCACUCCCUUAACGCUAUCGAUAAAUGCUGGCGAGGAGACAAAAACUGGCACAAGAACCGGAAAAAGCUAGCGGACUGCGUCCUAGGAUUUGGUCGGAGAACAACCGGAGGCAAAAAGGGACAGUUCUACGUAGUCACCGACGCAUCCGACCACGAUCUCGUCAAUCCCAAGCCAGGAACUCUACGACACGCAGUGACUCGCGACAGACCGCUAUGGAUCAUAUUCGGUAGAUCCAUGAUCAUAAAACUGCAGCAAGAACUGAUCAUAACACACGAUAAAACUAUUGACGGUCGAGGAGAGAAUGUACAUAUAAUGGGAGGUGCAGGUUUAACGUUACAGUUCGUGAAGAAUGUGAUCAUACACAAUAUUCAUAUCAAACACAUUAAAUGUGGGGCUGGUGGGAUGAUCAGAGACUGUGAACAUCAUGUUGGGCAGCGUUCAAAGAGUGAUGGUGAUGGUAUCAAUAUUUUCGGAGCCACGAAUAUUUGGAUCGAUCAUGUCUCCAUGACUCAUUGUUCUGAUGGGAUGAUCGAUGCCAUUAUGGGAUCGACCGCCAUUACUAUCUCCAACUCCCAUUUAACCGACCAUAACGAGGUGCUGUUGUUUGGGGGUAAAGACGGGGAUGUGAUCGACAAGAAAAUGCAGAUAACGGUUGCGUUUAACCAUUUUGGGAAGAGAUUGGUCCAAAGAAUGCCAAGGGUCAGAUACGGUUUGGUCCAUGUAGUGAACAAUGACUACACUCACUGGGAAAUGUAUGCUAUUGGUGGGAACAAGAACCCUACCAUUAUAAGUCAAGGCAACCGUUUCAUCGCUCCUCAUAAAGAAACUUGCAAGCAGGUUACAAAGAGAGAGUAUACACCUUAUACAGAGUGGAAGUCAUGGAACUGGCAAUCAGAGAGAGAUUACUUCUUGAACGGAGCUUACUUUGUAAAUUCAGGAAGGGCAAACGCGUGGAGCCCUGCCCCGAAAAACCCAAUCCACAGAAAGUUUGCGAUCCGGCCUCAAUCAGGAACAGGUGUAAGAAGACUCACUAAGGAUGCUGGUACGCUUGGUUGCAGACCAGGCAAGUCCUGCUGAUUAAAAAGUUCUCUGCUGGCGCGUUUGUGUGUGUGUGUGUGUGCCGUGUUGUUAAGGUAACAAAACAAGAAAAAGACUGGAAAAAGAGAAUUGUAACUAAGUGUGCACAUAAUGCAGUAGGGAUAA